UCUAAGCGCAGUGCUCACAAUUAAGCACGUUUGGAAAAAAUCGGCUCCUUAUUAAAUGCCUUAUUUAUCUCCCGUGUGUCUCAUUUCUCCACAUUUCUCCUAUAAUUUAUAGUAGUUUUUAAUUUAUCUGUCAGUAACAAGUGUUAGUGCAAGAUGAGUGAAAACGAAGAAAUAACCGGGGACGUAUCUUCUGAGGAUUCGAAGAGAGCGGAAAAGUUUAAAGAAAAGGCGAACGAGUACUUCAAAAAUCAAGAUUUUAAUAAGGCAAUCAAGCUCUACACACAAGCAAUAGAAGCUGAUCCAACGGUUGCGGUAUAUUAUGGAAACAGAAGUUUUGCGUAUUUGAAAACAGAAUGCUUCGGAUACGCCUUAACAGAUGCUUCAAAAGCAAUUGAGCUUGAUAAAAAUUAUGUCAAAGGUUAUUACAGAAGAGCUGCGGCUCACAUGUCUCUUGGAAAAUUUAAACAGGCAUUGAAGGACUACGAAACCGUUACUAAAGCAAGACCAAAAGAUAAAGAUGCCAAAACCAAAUUUACCGAGUGCAAUAAGAUUGUUAAAAAAUUAGCUUUUGAGAAGGCUAUAUCUGUAGAAGAAAAUAAAAAGAAUGUAGCAGAUACGAUAAAUCUCGAUGAUAUGGCGAUUGAAGACGAGUAUACAGGACCAAAACUCGAGGAUAAUAAAGUCACUCUACAAUUUAUGGAGGAUCUAAUAGCAUGGUAUACCAAACAAAAUAAACUUCAUCGCAAGUACGCCUACAAGAUUCUUUUGGAUAUUAAAACAUGGUUUAUGGCGCAACCAAGUUUGGUGGAUAUCACUAUUCCAGAUGAUAACAAAUUCACCAUUUGCGGUGAUAUACACGGCCAGUAUUACGAUCUGCUUAACAUAUUUGAGAUAAACGGUCUGCCUUCGGAAACUAAUCCAUAUUUAUUUAAUGGAGAUUUCGUCGACAGAGGGUCUUUCUCCGUGGAAUGCAUAUUCACAUUAUUUGGCUUCAAAUUAUUAUAUCCCAAUCAUUUUUUCAUGUCUAGAGGGAAUCAUGAAUCUGCAACCAUGAAUCAAAUGUAUGGAUUCGAUGGUGAGGUCAAGGCAAAGUACUCAGCGCAAAUGGCGGAGCUUUUUACAGAGGUUUACAAUUGGCUACCACUUGCACACUGUCUAAACAAUAGAGUGCUUGUGAUGCACGGUGGGUUAUUUUCAAGGGAUGAUGUUACGCUAGCCGAGAUCAGAGAAAUAGACCGAAAUCGACAGCCGCCCGAAGAAGGACUUAUGUGCGAACUACUCUGGUCGGAUCCGCAACCUCAGCCGGGUAGAGCGCCCAGUAAAAGAGGAGUAGGUGUUCAGUUUGGACCUGACGUAACGCAGAAAUUCCUCGAACUCAAUAACCUCGAUUAUAUAGUGAGAAGUCAUGAAGUCAAAGAUAACGGUUAUGAAAUUGCGCAUGAUGGAAAAUGCAUAACCGUCUUCUCAGCUCCAAACUAUUGUGAUACCAUGAAUAACCGAGGUGCCUACAUCAAAUUAAAUGGCAAGAAUAUGAAACCGACUUAUGUGGUUUACGGAGCCCGGCCCCAUCCAAACGUGGUACCAAUGGCAUAUGCUAAUUCUUUACUAAAGUUCAUGUGCUAAUGGAACAGUUUUAGGAAUAUUGAUGAUGAUUAAGUAAUUAAUAAUUGAAUACAACUAGCCAAACAAAAGUGUGCGUAUUAUAUUUGAUACCGAUUAAGAGAAGACGAGACGUAAUCGUUCUUCUAAACCCGUAACCGCUACAGUCUCGCCACGACAGACGGAGUUUAUCGUAUGAUUAUUGCUAUUCACCGUCAUAUUGGGUAAAUGAGGUACAUAGAAUCAUUUUUAAAUGUUGUUAAACAAUAUCCUUCUUUGCUAGCCAAUUUCCAAGUGGCGUUGAAAUGACCACAUCGAUUCUUUCUACGGAAAUGUUCUUCUGACAUUUAUCGCGUUGGUAAUCGCGAUGUAUUUUUGGUGUUUGACUUUUAACAGCGUAAGAAACAUGAUGAAACGUACGACAAGUAAGUCUGGAUUAUGCAAAUAUCGGACACAUAGUGUGUGUUAUAAAUUUUCAACAAUGUGUACAUACGAAUCAGUAGGGAUCAAGAAUAAUCUUAUUACAAUAUAACAUACCUGUGGUAAAUCGGCGACAUGUGAUAAUAUCUAUGCUUACGAGUCCGAUUAAAACAGUUUUAUUUAUUUAUUUUUUUAUCAACGGAAUAACACUAUGGAAAUAAAUAUUCGUUUCAAUUUUUUCGUGUUUUCGAAUGAGCUAUGUCCCUCGCACAAGCGCGUUUUGCUCAUGCUCAAAAGAAAAACUCAAUCGCCAAACAUCAGAUUUUUAGGCAUGAAUUUUUCAUUCUCAAAAGUUGUAAUUAUUCGAUGGCUAGAUUAUUGUACAUUGUUGAGUCAAGAGUGAAUAUUAUGCAGUUUUUUUCGUACAACAUACGAAAACGGAAGCUAUGAGGCAUUCGUAUGUGAAAACGCUACCAGUUUACAGACUUACGGAGACUGGUGACAUCCAGUAAUAAAGUAAUUUCAACUUCAUGUUGGCGGUUUGAGCUUUUUCAGCGUAAAAUCACACUUAUGUCCAGUUAUUAUGAAAAUAGCAAUCCGGAAAAUUUAACACACAUGCAAGGUAGUACAAUUUUCCUACCAAUCAUCUUAUCGUUACGUUAAAAAUUACACGUGAUUACUUUUCUACAGAUCAAUAUGUGCGUUGUUAGGAAUAAUCGUAUAAAUCAACCAGUUUAUUUUGUUUUUUGUUACUAAUUAAUAAAUGACCUUUAUAAUGCA